AUGAGAGCGGGGCAGGAGGAGAGAGCCCCCGGUGCGCAGAGGCUGCUGACGCACCGGACACCACAGAAACCCUUCUUUGAGACGCUCAUCAGGAGCCUGAUCAUCUUGUGUGUGGCCAUAGCAGUGGUCUUGUCAUCCAUCUCCGUCUGCGAUGGCCGCUGGCUCUUCGCGAGGGGGCAGCUCUUCGGACUGUGGCACUUCUGCACCGUUAGCAACGGCAGCGUCCUGAAGUGUGUCACUGACCUCAGCCUGGCCAAGGUGGAAGGGCUGAGCGUGGGGGUGAUUCCCAUAAGAAGCAUGGUGUCUUUUGCCGUUGUGGUUGCCAUAUUUGGCCUGGAGCUCUUAAUGGUGUCCCAAGUCUGCGAGGACGCCAAUGCGAGGCGAAAGUGGUCGAUGGGCUCAGUUCUCAUCCUGGGCUCUUUUUUGCUGUCGGCUACUGGAGUUCUGAGCUUUUCCAUUCUCGUGAAGGAUCACCUCACCUUCACGGGCUUCACACUGACGUACUGGUGCGAGUUCAUUGCUGCCUUUCUCUUCUUCCUUAAUGGGAUCAGCGGACUUCACAUCAACAGCCUCACGCACCCUAGGAACGGGGUAGGCAAAAUCUAG